UCAUCAUCGGUUCGGUACGGUUUAGUAUUGGGUGAGCGCUUCCGGUUUCGUUAAUUUUUGAUAAUAAGCUUAUCUGGUGAAAAAAGUUUUCUGGAAUUAAAGCAGUGGUGUGAUUUGAUUUUUUUUUUGUGAUAAAGUGAAAAAGCAUAAUAUUUUUUCGGUGCCACUUAGUAUUCAUUAAGUCGAUUGGUGUGUAAGGUGUUACGCAAAUAGUCCGUCACAGGUUUGUGAUAACGCGCAGUAUCGGAAUUUAAUUAAGUGCUAAAUUUUGUGCCGAAGGCUACGUUCUCUACAGUUUCUAUUUUCCGGCUCUCGAGAAGUUCGUUGAUCCCUAGAGGCCUCUAAUCGGUUUUGGGAAGUUUCUGAUUUGUAGCAAAUCAUCAUGUCCAACAACGUCCAAAUAACGGCCGAUGAUAGGCCUUCGAUUGGCAUUACGACGCCACCGAAAUCGGUGGCUGCUCCAGCUCUCGGAGCACCGACCGGAGGAAUUCCGACAAGUCCAUCCCACUUGCAGCUUCCGUCACCGAUCAUAACUCGUAGGACCCGGACAGCUUCCACCUCGGACCGGGCCAUGCGUAACCCCAUCGAGGAGGGCAAAGUGAAAUCCUUCAGCAGAAGCAAAGGUCACGGUUUCAUCACACCGACGGCCGGCGGGGACGACAUAUUCGUGCACAUUUCCGAUAUCGAAGGCGAGUACGUGCCGCUGCCCGGGGACGAGGUGAGCUACCGGCUCUGCCACAUUCCGCCCAAGUACGAGAAGGUCCAGGCGAUCCACGUGCAGAUCACCCACCUGACGCCGGAGAAGCACUGCCGCUGGGAGGAAUCGGCCCUACCGUGCAAAUCCCCGGACGGUUCCCGGCUGCACUAGUAGUUCACCUAAACAGCAACAACAUCACCACCAGCAAGUCCUAUUCAUCAGUGGUGCCGGGGCCAGGACGAGGGAAUGGAAGCGGAUUUGUACGGCUGGAAUCAUUUUGGGAACUGAGAAAAAACGAGUGGGCGAGCUGUUUUAGACUAGGGAGAAGAACCAAAAACUGUUUCCGGAGGCAUGACUUAUCCGACCUUUCGCACAUCAAGUAUUUUGUUUUGCUGUUUUCUCAUCUUUUUUGAAGUUUUUUUUAUCUCGAGAAACAGGUAAAGUUUUUGUAAUACCUCCGGUUCAGGAAAAAAUAUGCCAAGCAUGUCAAACGUCGGAAAAUAUAGAAAAAGUAAACCGAAUCAAGCCUAGAAGCAGUAUUGUUGGACGUCAAGUGUUUUGGAGAAAAAUAU